AUGGAUAUGGACGGAAUCAGCCAUCUACCAGAUUAUCUUCUUCAUGAAAUUCUGGCCUUAUUAGACACAAGACAGGUUGUGCAAACUUGUGUUCUAUCAAAGCGGUGGAAGAGCCUUUGGACUCACAUUCCCACACUCAACUUUGAUUACAGCUCCUUCCCAUUUCAACGGCUGCCUAUUAAAGAUCUGUUCAACAAUUUUACUUUAUCCUCGAAAGCAUGUUCGUUUGAACGUUUUAUAUCCGGAGUUUUAGAACAACAUCGCAGUGAAUGUAUUAAAAAAUUGAGUUACUCUUACCCCAUAGAUGCAGAAAAGGAUUUCGUGACAGCAUUCUUAUCGUAUGGACAAUGCCACAAUGUUCAACAACUUCAUAUUACAACUUACGAAGCAUAUGAAUCGUUGUGGUCAUGUUUAUCCACUUUCAAAUUGCUCACUAUACUGAAGAUUACAUGUCGGCCAGUGAGUGACUUAAGAACCUUGGUGCUACCCUGUUUGAGAAUUUUAGAGAUUAAGAGGCAACUGAAUUACUGGGAUAAUCCUUACUACUUGGACGAUGAAUAUCUAUGCUACAACGACGUAAAAUUGAAUGAAAACACAUUCUCAGGCUAUCCAAAUUUGGAAAGUUUAGUUUUAUUUGAUUGUGUUCUAGAAAAUGCUGGUAUUGUUAUUUAUGCUCCAAAACUUGAGAACCUAGAGUUAGAUGCUUCAUUCUUUGGAUUAACUUUCCUGAAACUUGAGUUCUAUGCACCAAAUCUCAAAACUGUUGAGCUUCGCAAUAUAAUACCUUCUGUGAAUUAUAAGUCGUCUUAUAAUUCAGACUUUGUGUACAUAGACAAAGUAAGUUCAGCAGUUCCUUGCUAUGAUGAUCUUGGAAGGGAACACCCAUUACAACAAAUGAUGAAGGAAGGAGAUUCAGUGUCUGUACUCUAG